GCACUCAAGUGCACACGGAAUUCUGUUCAAGAGUUGAUCCAACAACCCAAGCAAGACUGGGUGGUUUCCGUUGCAGAAAUCUUGUUAAUGCUGCCGAGUGGAGGGUGAGAACUCGCACAGGGUGCACUAUCAGCCCAUGUAAACGCACAAGUUCCUGAUUCAAACUUGAUGGAGUCCGAGGGAAUGACGGAUGGCGUCGGAUUAUCAGAAGCACAGGAUCUUGGAUGGUGUCGCAAAGCAAUCGUGUGGUUAAAGUUCUGGACUAAGUGAACAUUGCAGUUGACUCUGGUCACUGAAUGUCUGAAGUCUCCAAGAUCAACAUUUGAUUGAGUAUUUUCAUCGGGCGUUCAAUGAAGCCAGCUGCUCAUGCUGUGAUUAGCUUGCACUAUUUCAUCUAUGUAGUGCCAGUUCUGGAUGAUUUUCGACUUCUGAAGCUGCUUGAUUUCUAGGUCGUUCUCGCAGCAGGCUGCAUUUCUUGCAAAUGGAUUGGGGAGAUUCUGAGGGAAUGCGAGGUUUUGUAAGUUGGGUGGUUUGCAAAGUGAUGUUUUGGUGUAGGAUUGGGAGCUUCGGAAUAUCUCUUGAGAAGGAAGGAGUUAGCAGGUGUUAAGGUGUUGUGUUUGGCUUGGAGGAUUAGGGUUGAAGGGACAAGAUGACGGAUCAUGAGGGAGAGCAGGAGAUGGAGAUAGAGGCACUGCAGGCGAUUUUAAUGGAUGAUAUUGAGGAGAUUCCUAGCCUGGAAAGUGGAUUAGGAACGAGUGCUCGGUGUUUUCAGAUUAGGGUUUCGCCCAUGGACGAUGACGAAGACGAACCCACAGACGUUCCUGUGCGAUUGGCUGUUAUCUUCGCGCACACCCCAGCGUAUCCCGAUGAGAUGCCAUUGCUCAAGGUGCGAAGCCUGAAAGGAAUCAACGACGCAGACAUCCGGCAGCUGCAGGGGAAGCUGGAGGAGGAGGCGCAGGAGAAUUUGGGCAUGGCGAUGAUGUACACAUUAGCAGUGUCGGCCAAGGAGUGGUUGCGGGAGAAGUUCGGCCAGGUGGAGGUUGAGGAAGAUUCGGAGGAUGACAUAGAGAAGGAGGAGGUAAUUGAGAAGCAUGGGGAGGUAGUUACGGUCGAGAGCUUUAUGGCUUGGAGGGAUAGGUAUGAAGCUGAGGUUGCUCUGGAGAAGGCUAAACUGAUGCCAGACUCUGCGUUGAUGGCUUCCAAGGAGAAGAGGAUUGGUGGGCGGCAAUGGUUUGAGCUCAAGGCUGGAGGCAAGGUACUUGAAGAGGAUGACGAAGACAUUGGCGACGACGAUGACGAUGAAGAUAUCGAUUUUAGCGACGAUGACGACGAAGGUUUUGAAGAGGACAUGUUGGCACAUUUUCUUACAGAGAAAUCUAAUAAAGCGGCUCUCAGGAGUUGAUUAAUCGUCGAGGCUCUGCAUUGGAGAUUCAACUCCGCAGAUUAUUCUCAGUGGCCGUUGAUUGUUUGCCUCAUGAAACCUCUCAGAAUUAAAAUUUCACCGAUAAAGAGAGCUACCAGCUUCCAUGGACGGUCGGUUUAUGUUCCAGAUUGAGGCAGCUGGAUCCAACCAAUCUGUUUGGGAAUACAUGUGCUUACGUUUCAAUCUUGUACAAUUGUGACAAUUUUCACUUGUAAGACUGUUCAAUGUAGGUUGUUUUGUGAUAA